UGUGUUUGGGUGCACGUAUGCGCUUGGACACGGAUAUAUCCUGCUUGCCCUCAACGGGCGUUCAACAGUCUACGCGCACUCGUAACUUGCUCAUGAGGCAAGUUGCUGUUGUGCUGGAGCUGAGAAGAGGUCUGCUGCCUGCAAUGGGUCCAUCUCUCUCAAGUUAUCGCAGUAUUGUAGCUCUCAAAGUUCAAAAAAGUAUGGUGGAAGCUGUUGCCAAGGUUCCGACCAGAAAAGACAGCCAGUAUAAAAGGGUCCACACCACUGAUCUCUACUACAGGGCAUGGACAGCACAUCGAGCACCCUCGACUGAAGCCAACCUUGUCCCGGAAGUUGGUGCUUCACAACUUUGCGGCAGCACUUCGUUUGCACGGCCUGUGGAGACAAGGUUUCUUAGACAUGGCCAUGGCCCUCCAGGAAGAUGCCGAGGCCACAGGCAGUUCCUCCAGUGACCGUGAAAAGGUCCCCUGGGGCACAAGUCUAAUUUGGCACCCCUACCUUUCUCCUGCAGCUUUUCUGUCUACUUAGCUAACCAGCAGCAAGUUUAUCCUUGCAAGCAUUUUGGGUCAAGAACAACUUUCACCAGGAAGAAGUGCAAGACGAGUGAUUGAAGAAAAUAAAGUUGCUUCUGUGAUCUAAGAA